AUUUAAACUUAAUCCCCUGUCAUUACUGAGUGGAAUAUGUUUAAAAAAUAUGUUUCAAGGCGACAGAUAAACAGGUAUAAGUCACAAACUGAAAAGGUCAACUAAUAUAUUGAAUGUCAUCACUGAAGUCCUGACAGAUUUCCGUUCUGCUUUCUCGGAAAUCUAUAUAUAGUCGUACAAAGUAGCUUUAUGGUUUUUCAAAAGAAAACUAUUUAUUUUCUGUUUUCAAUGAAUAAUGUCUUCAAAACCAUAGGCGUUUUGAUAUCUGUGCGUUCAAAGAUCUCUGGCAAUGACUAAACCGAGGAUAUAGACUUCAAAUAAGACAGAUGAGAAAUAUAAUCAAAUGUCUCGCCAGAGGAAUGCAAACCACAAUGCAAAUUAUUGUUUCGGUUUCCAGCUGACGACGUUGUUAUCAACCAAAUUUCCUUUCAUGCGAGAAAGGGUUGCCACUGACGACAGAAUAAAUAAGUCUAAGUUGUAGAAUCCGAUUGGCCAGAGGAAGUCAGUUGUCGUGGACUUUGUGCUGUUUUCUCGGAAACUGAAAUAGUAUCCCCUCGUUUCAGUGUUUUGACAGGGAUCGUCGCUUGAAUAUCGAAUGAGUUUAGUACAGUUUAACUGACGAUCGUCAUGGAUCCUCUCUUUAAGAAUCUCAAGAAACAAGUUACUUGCUCAAUUUGUCUCGAUACCUACACCGAACCCAAAACCAUAUCAUGUCUUCACACAUUUUGUUGCGAGUGUUUAGAGAGACAUGCAAGAGUGAGCCAGAGACAAGGGAAAUUCAGAUGCCCCGAGUGCCAGGCAGAAAUCAAUUUACCAGAAGGAAAUCGGUUCGACCGUUUGCCUAACAGCUUUUUCCACAAAAGUCUGUUAGGUGUCAUUGAGGCGGAAGAUCGCCAAGCCAUUCCGAGGCAGCAACAGGGGACUUGCUCGCAGCAUACGGAAGAAAGAGUACGUUAUUACUGCUCCUCGUGUGAGGUGUAUGUUUGUCCGAUUUGCGUCACCGAAGACCACAGAGGCCAUGCGUUUGACGUGCUUGAAAAAGCAGUGCAAGAGGGAAAGAAAAGCAUAAUGUCUGCUGUCGAGACCAUCAAGGAAAAGGCAAACUUGUUUGGAGCAGAGCUAAGAAAAUUAGAGGAAACUUCAGAGGAUGUGGAAAUGAUUAUCGCGAUCGCUAAACAAGAAGUGUCGGAGGCAGCUGAACACGUGAUCACAAAGACGCGACAACAAGAAAAACAGCUUUUAGAGUCCUUAGAAAUGACGCGUAGGAAGAGAAUAGAGCAAAUCAACUCGGCUAAACAAGAACUGGAAUCUCUAAUAAAAAUAAUAAACCGAGCAGCUGAAUUUGCGGAGAAUCUGGUGCAGAGAAGAUCA